GUGUUUGUUGCUUUGUGAGUGAGCUCCUGGGCUUACUGGGGAAAAACAGAAACAUAAAGAGCAAACCUCAGCCUGAAUACUAAAUUCCAAUUCCCCGUCAGAACCUCAUCUAACAAUCCUUUUUUUUUUUUUUAAAUUUCUUUCCGUCUUUUCUCUCUUUCUUCACGAUCAAGAUAUAUAUAGUUUCUCCGAUAUUUAUACAUCCAACAGUGGAAGAAGAGGAAUUUUGCGCACAAAUUUGCGGCACCAGAAUUGGGGAGUCUGAUCGGUCGCUGUUAACUCAAUUCUAUGCUUGUGCUUUUGAGUUUGAUUUGGUGGAUUUUCAAUGGAGACAGUGGUUAGCAUGGAGGUUAAUGAAGAAGCAAAGGUUGAGGAUGGUAUCGCCAAGGAAACAGGGUCUGAGCCCGUAUCUCUAAAGCACAUUUCUGAUCCUGAUCCUGAUCCUGAGCCUGAUCCUGUUGUCUAUAAACUUGUUCGGGUUGAUGGUGAGGGGAGGUUAGUUCCGGCAACAGAUGAAGAAGUUUUGGUGGUUGAGGACUUGCUAGAAGAUGAAAAGCCUGAACAUUGUGCUGCAGAAUGUGAGCAGCCAAUAGAAUGCAUCAAAACUGAAGGAUGUCCCUUGCAGAAAAAUCAUGUUCAAUCCUCAGAAGGUAUUUCAAGUGUUCAACUUGAUGCUGCAGUUGAUCUGGGGAAGAAAAUCAUCCAGCCAGAGGAAAUUCCCUGCCAAAUGGCUUCAGCAUCAGCUGGAAACAGUAUUAGUCAGCCUAUGAGUGCUGUGGGAUGUCCAGGGUCAGAAGGUGGAUUGGUUGAAAAUUGGUCUUCGAGAACUGAUCUUGCUACUAUAGGGAAGCCUGACUUUUCGAAGUUAAAAGGAGAGAUAUGCUUGGAUAAUCUGACGGUCAAGGAACUCCAAGAAACUUUCAGAGCAACAUUUGGAAGAGAAACAUUUGUCAAAGAUAAACGGUGGCUUAAGAGGAGGAUCUCCAUGGGAUUGACUAAUUCAUGUGAUUUUUCAACUACAGCUUUUAUGAUCAAAGAUAAUGAAGUGUUAAAGAAAGAUAAAAAAGAAAACCGCAAGAAAAGUGCUGUGUAUAAGGAUCUUGUGGUUGGAGUGGCAAGUGAGACCGCUGGAGGUCCAACCAAUGGACUCAAUAGGCUAGUAGAUAGCAACCCAAAUUUUGAUGACAGAAAAACAGAGUCUCUUCUACUGGAACAUGAUUCUGUUAGAGAAGAUCCUAGCUUGGAACAAAGAACAGCCAAAAGGGUCCGGAAGCCCACAAAGAGAUACAUCGAAGAAAUGUCUGAGGAGGAAUCUAGGGGCUCUAGUGGAAGGUUAGUCUCUGUUGUUAAGAGUUUUGAACAUAGGCAGUCAUGUUCAAAAGCUUGUACAAUGCCUGUUCAGAAUGUUCGGUUGGCCGGGAGACCUAUGGUUACAAGGCAAGAUUCACUGGGAGGUUCUGGGGUUCAAGUUCCAUAUGUUUCUCGAGUUCGAAAAGGGCGUCCAAGGGAGAAUUUCAUGCCUUUCAUGCCUAGUGGCAUUGGUCUCGCCACUAGAAUGGUAAGGAGGGCCCUUGGCGAACCUGGACCAGCACCACAGGAUGAAAUGCAAAAUGAAGUCCUGAAAUCGAGUUUGUCCCCUGGAUGGAAUCAACAGCCUAUUGCUGCUGCUUCUGAGAAUGAUAACCAUCACCUGGAAAGGAAGGAGGUGGAGCUGGAGAAAUAUGUAGAGCUAAAAAGAAUGGACUCCUUUGAGGAUAAUUCAGAUGAUAAUAUGGGUACUGUACCGGCAUCUUCAGGGGGAAUGAGGAGGAAGCAUCAUAGGCCUUGGUCUCUAACUGAGGUUGUUAAGCUAGUUGAGGGUGUAGCUAGAUAUGGUGCUGGUAGGUGGUCUGAAAUUAAACGGCUUGCUUUUGCAUCAUAUUCUUACAGAACUUCAGUUGAUCUAAAGGACAAGUGGAGGAAUCUCUUGAGAGCUAGCUUUUCACAAUUGCCUGCAGAAAAAGGGAUGCACAAUGCCCGGAAACAUGCUUCAAUUCCAAUUCCAGCUCCAAUUCUCUUACGAGUGAGAGAGCUAGCUGAAAUGCAAGCACAAGUUCCAGCAAAUUUCAGCUCAAGCAAGUUCACUGGACAAAGUGGUGGUAGUGAUAGAAGUGUACAUGAGACUAGAUCGGGUUACUUGUAGCACUGUAAAUAAGUAGUAGCUUAAAAGGUUUCUAUUAAGUCAAUAGUCAGGCACUGCUUUGAAUUAUGUACUGAGUUUGAUUCUUUAUUGAGCCUCUUCUCUGUUAGAAGCUCAAGCCUUUCGCCUCCCCCAUAAGACCCCUCUUUCUCUUUCCCCCUCGGAAAAGAGAGAAAAGAAGAAAGGGAAAAUGUUUUCUUUCAUGUGAACGGCCCUCUGCCUCACUCGUUCAUUUGGCUGCUCCAGUUUGUUUAGUUUCCCA